GAAUUGUGGAGUUCUAGAAAUUUCAGUAUUUUCUCAAGAAAUUCUACAAGCUCUCUUAUAGAAUUCAGCCGGAAUUUGAUUUAAACACUUGUGGAAAUCAAUUAAUAAUUUAAGUUUACCAUAUUUUCUUGCACAUCAGAUUAAACUUGAUUGAAAUGGCUAAAUGGGGAGAAGGUGACCCAAGAUGGAUUGUCGAAGAGAGGCCCGAUGCAACCAACGUAAACAACUGGCACUGGACCGAAAAAAACGCAAGUUCUUGGUCCCAAGAAAAGAUAAAAGAAUUGUUUAAUAAUGUUGUCGUGAAAACUGAUAAGGCAGAUUUAAAGAUUACUGGAGUAGAAAAAUUCGAAGGAGAAGCUUGUGCCAACAAUAGAAAAGGGAAAUUGAUUUUUUUUUAUGAAUGGGAUAUUGUUUUAAACUGGGAAGGCGAACUGAACGACGGUACUGACGUCGUACAUAAAGGAACUAUUAAAGUUCCAAAUUUAUCAGAGGAAAAUGACAUGUCAGACUUAGAUAUUCAAAUCCAACUAAAAGAUCCUGACGAAGAAGGCGAAAAACUUAGAGAAAUAAUGCUAAAAGAUGGCAAAACAUUAGUUAGACAACAAUUGGGAAACUACGUUUCAAGCUUGAAAGAAGAGUUUUCAAAAGGCAUGAUCCUGCCGAAAAAAGACGAAAUUAAACCAGAUCAAGUUAAAACCCUUGCCAGCGGUUUCAAUAAAAAGAUCAACAUGGCUCCAAUAAUCUCAGAAAAGAAAACUGUUGGCCUCAAAAUUGACACAACUACCAUAGAACAAACGCACAAAUUCCAAUGUGCUGCAGAAGAAUUUUAUAAUGCCUUGACUCGAGUAGAAAUGGUCACUGCUUUCACUAGAGGCCACGUAAAGUUGGAAGCAGUAAAAGGGGGCAAAUUUGCACUGUUUGGUGGUAAUAUUACUGGUACAUUUGAUGAACUGGUACCGAAUAAGAAAAUUGUUAAACAGUGGAGGUAUAAACAGUGGCCAGAGGGGCACCAUUCGCAAGUCACCAUUACAAUAGAUCAAAAAAAUGACCAUACUGAAGUACAACUAACCCAAACGGGCGUACCAAAAACUGAAGCUGAUGUGACUACAAACAACUGGAACAGAUACUACUGGGAACCAAUAAAGCAUGCAUUUGGUUUUGGAGCUAUUCUUGGUGAUUUGUAAAACUUUUGAUAAGGAUUAAAUCAAUUUAGAUUCUUUUUUUUUUGAGUUGCUACUAGUUAGUAUUAAACAGCUUUGUAAAAAUAACUUAUUGAUGUGAUUACCAGUUUUAAAUUUUUGAUUCAUUUUUUUUUAAAAAAAAUGGUGUAUUUAGUGGCAACACAGGCACUUUUUAUUGUAUUUAUUGUUACAACAAAUAAAUUGAAUUUCCAUUAGGCUAAUUUAUAAAAGAAAAGUUUUUUUGAAAUGUCCAAUCUACCGAAAUAGAAAGAUGUGAAAUCUAA